GGGUCACGGAUAUCAACAGAGAAGGCAGAUUGUGCGGUUAGAGAUGUUCUAUCAUCUGCGUCGUUAACAGCUGCUGUUUUCCCUACUUUAAGCGUUUCACAGACAAUCAUAGAUUUUUGCAGAUUCCCACGGUCUUUAUUUUAACUUACUUGCUGAUUUAGGGUUAAUUUUAGAAAUUAGUAUUUUUAUUAAUAUAUUUCUGAAUUGCCUUUAGCACAACUUUUUCGAUUUAAUUAUUAUUAAUUUAUUAAGCUAAGUUGUUAAUUCUAUUCACGAAUAUAUGAGAAUACACAAAUACACAAAUACACGAGAAUAAUUCAACAUUAGAUGUAUAAAAUUUAAUCAAAAACAUGAAGAAAACAUUAUUUCAUCUUACGAUAUUUCUGUGUAUUUCAACUUGUGUUCUUACAUUUAAUGUUUCUAUGCUUUUUUACAAAUUUUCAUUUGAAGGAAAACUGCACGAAAAAUGGAUUCUUGAAAGUGUCUACGACAGCUACUUCAUAACGUGUCUCCAAAAUUGCUCACAUAAUAGCGACUGCACCGGUUUGGCGAUUCAGAAUUUCAUUGAAGAAGAGAAUUUUACGAGAACUUGUCACACUCUUUCAAAAGUCGACAUAAAUGACUGUGACGAAGAAGAAUGCGAUGGAGAAGGUUUCCAAAUAUUUCAGCUGGAUGAACCACCGCCAACAAAAUCCACCGAUGAGUUAGUUGGAGCACCCUACAAUGGAUUUUAGAUUAGAUGUGAGUAAAUUGAUUAACUGAAGUUAUUAUGAAAAAAGCAAUGGAAGAGUGAUACAGUUUAUUUUGCUUCAAAAAAUUUGAAUGUAAUUUCGCGGAACUCAUUGUAAGAAAAUAUUUAAAUGACCUAAGAUGUAAAAAAUAAAACA